AUGGAUCCGAGCUACAAAGCGCGGAAAGAGGCCUUUGUGUCGAACCUAGCGGGAAGCAACAUCGCCGACAUCAACGCUGUCUCAUUUGUUGCAUCGGCAUCUGUCCUUCUCUGGUCUGCUCUUCAGUCCCGACUAUCCUUCUUCACACCAUAUAGCCCAGCGGCGUUGUUGACAGAUUUCAUCCUCAACGUGCUGGCAAUUCUAUUCGCGACAACCGCCUACUCGUCCGCGCCUGUCCUCCUAAACAUUUUCCUUAUCACACCUGCUGUCCUCCUUUACCUCACUCAGCCCCCUCAGCGCUCCCAAUACAAGGCGAAACCUCCUCGCAAGGCAGCCGCCAACGAUGAUCGGUCCCAGGACCAGGCAGAGUCCCUGCCCGUUCACCCGUUCCUCACGACCUACCGGGCCGCUAUGAUGGUUGUUACCUGUGUCGCCAUUCUCGCAGUUGAUUUCCGAGUGUUUCCGCGACGCUUCGCCAAAGUAGAGAAUUGGGGUACAUCGUUGAUGGAUCUGGGCGUGGGCUCAUUCGUAUUCUCUGCGGGUGUGGUAUCCGCGCGUGCAGUUUUGAAGAGCCGCGCCUCUCGGUCAAAAAAGACUCCGUUCGUUGGGCGACUGAUAAAAUCCGUUCGCCACUCAAUUCCUUUGCUUUUGCUAGGUCUCAUUCGCCUUUGGAGCGUGAAAGGUCUAGACUAUGCAGAGCAUGUGACUGAGUAUGGUGUUCAUUGGAACUUCUUCUUCACCUUGGGCUUUUUGCCUCCGUUUGUUGAGAUCUUUGACUCCUUGACGGCAUUGAUUCCGUCUUACGAGGCCCUGGCCGUGAUUAUCUCUAUUAUCUACCAAGUGGCUCUCGAGUCCACCGAUCUGAAGAGCUACAUUUUGGUCUCUCCCCGCGGCCCCGAUCUACUGUCCAAGAACCGCGAAGGUGUCUUCUCGUUCCUGGGUUAUCUAGCUAUCUUCCUAGCUGGCCGAGGUGUCGGCACUCGCAUCAUCCCUCGGGGCACAUCUGCCUCCAAAAAUCCUCAGCAGGCACGGAAGUCUGUACUGGUAAGCUUGACCAUCCAGGUGAUGUUCUGGUCAACCAUCUUCUUCUUCAACUCUUCGUAUGCAUUUGGGUAUGGUGCGAACAUCUUAGUCUCGCGCCGACUUGCCAAUAUGCCUUACGUAUUGUGGGUCGCGGCCUUUAACAGUGCACAAAUCCUGCUAUUCUGCCUGGCCGAGACCCUGUUCUUCCCAUCUGUUCACCGAGCUACCGGCAAAGAGGGCGAGGAGGAGCGAAAUGCAUUUGCGACCAGCCGAAUUCUCCACGCAUUCAAUCGUGGCGGCCUGGCGAUUUUCCUGGUUGCCAAUCUCCUGACUGGCGCGGUCAACCUGAGUAUUCCAACCUUGGAUGUGAACACCCCGCAGGCGAUGGCCAUCUUGGUCGCAUAUGCGGGUAUCUUGACUGGACUUGCUCUGGUCAUGGACAAGUUCAAUUUCAAACUACGUCUGUAG